ACAGUCAGUCACACUCCCACCGCGUCUCCCCACCUUCCCAACCAACCAGGCCACGGCCGAAAACCCCCGAUCAUGCCGCCGCCGGGCAAACCCUACAUCGCCUCCGGCGCCGCCGGCUUGUCCGCGCGCGAGGCCGACGAGGUCGACCGCGACUACGACUUCUUCCUCGACCACGUCCGCCUGGACGGCCACGGCUACGCGCUCUACAUCCCUUCCAAGGACGGCGUCUCCCCUCCCGAGGUGAUCAGGUACGAGCAACCCCUCGACGGCAGCAAUGUCGGGGCCCCCGUCGUCGGCCCUGAAGGCGGGGGCCGAGGAGGCCCUCCCCCGUCGGAGGAGGGCCCGUGGGCCGCGCGUGAUCCCCCGCGCGCGGCCCCGUACGGCGCCGCUCACCCUCGCGCCGGCGUCAAGCGCAAGGCCCCAGACGCGACCCCCAGCGCCGAGGCCCGGAGCGGCGGGGUCCCCAUGGAAGAGGACGCGCCGGCGCCGGCGCCGCAACCCGCGUGGUACGACUCCCAAGCUGGCAUCGACGAGCAGUACCGCUUCUUCCUCCGGCACCUUCGUAAGGUGAACGAACGCGAAGCGGUGCUCAAAGUGGGGAAUUUGAGGAUCCCUUUCGGGCACGAGCCGCCUGCAGACAAUAGCUACGCCGAGGAGGAGGACGACGCUGAGGAGGAUGAAGAUGAGUUAAUUCCUGCAUCAGGGCAGUCAGGGGAGGACGGUGCUGGUACGGAUGAAGAGGAGGAGGUGUUCGCAGAGAAAGAGGCGGGGGUUGAUUUGGAUUUGCAGGUCGUGAACGUCUCUGAUUCAGAGGUGAAGGAGGAGGAGGUGAGCGAAGAUGAAGAGGACGACGAGGACUCGCAAGAGGAAGAGGUCGACGAAGAAGAUGAGGAGUGGGAGGUGGAGGGGGAGGACUCUGAGGUGGGGCCUGGAUCAGAUUUGCAGGUUGUCAAUAUUCUGGAUUUUGAGAUAAAGGAUGAAAUGGAGGAAGAAGAUGAGUUGAGUGCCCCAGUCAAGGGAAUAACAGAGUCACAGCCAUUGAACAGGGAAGCAAGCUCAAGCAAGGGACAUGCAGCCAUACCUCGCAAUGCUUUGGAACUUCAAGGCGUUAUAUGGCCCCCACAUAUCACUGAGAGGCCAAAUUCAGAUUUCAAAAAGAAGUUGAUGCAGAUUCUCAUGAAACCAUAUAAACAGGAAGAAUAUGAUAGGUACUUUUCCAUGGCUACUAAUCGAACUCCAGUUGUCAAGGAGCGAAGGACCCGUCAUAGUGUGGUGUACUACCCCUGGAAGCAUGAGUUGGGCAAGUCAUACUUUGAUAGUUACCCAGAUCUUGCUGAGCAGUUCAAACUCCAAGACAAUAACUAUCCCAAUCGCUUGGCUCUUUUGCGUGGGUUUUUCUUCUGGUUAGAGAAUGUUGGGCGAGAAGACCAAUUCAGGCCAUGGAGAGAUGACUUCAAAAGAUACCGAGUUGUCUCAUUCACAUGAGAGGGCUGCUAUCCCCUCUGGUUCAGAAUGGAAGUCGUUUCUCGAUUUAGCGUGGUCGCCAGUGUGCAACUUUUGGCUGGUAAUACUCGUGGAGUCAUCGGUAACAUCUACCAGUAUUAGCUCUAGAAACUAUGGAAAAACUAUGGCGUUCUGGAAACCAGUAUCCAAUCACAGUGCCCUACAAACAGAGUUGGCGUUUAGACAGGCGUGUAUCCUUAUUUUGCCCCAGCCUCUAUUAACGUGGGUAUAACUGCAAAAGUAUACAUAUUGCUCAGCGACUGAAUGGAGAAACCAUUCUCUCUCA